GCGCGACGGCGACAGCUGGCCCCAGCCCGUCAGGAUGCUCCGCUGGGUACUACUGGUGACGUGCGCAGCCGCGCUGUUGACCGGCGCCGCCGGCGACACUGCGCUGGAGGAGCCGGUGCAAGGCCGCUUCCUGUUCGGUCCCAACUACAGCGCCGGCAAGUUCAACACCACAGUCGCCUUCACGAUCCCGCUGUUCGCGUUCAGCGUGCCUUCGCUGGCCGAGAUCUCGCUGGGCACGCUGGACACGGCGGCGCUCGUGUCGCUCGCCUUCCUGGCCGUGCUCACCAUCGUGGUGCUGUUCGUCAUUCCGCUGCUGGGCUACGUGCAGGGCCGCACUGGCCGCAAUGACCUGGACGAGGACGCCUACACGGCCGACUAUCUCACCGACCUGGUGUACAGCGCGCUCAACGAGAUCCGCUCGGUUGCCGACGACACGUGCACCCAGAAGACGGCCUGCGAGGUCUGGCGCAACCCGUACAAGUUCGGCUAUCUGGCCACGCCCAUCCAGAUUCUGUACCCGCCUGAUGGCUACCCAGGGCCGCGCCAAAAGGCCGCCCUCUUCGGCGUCACCAACAAGGACAAGGAGUGCAAGGACGAGUAUGAGUGCGACUUCUCCAUCAUGGACAUCAUGCUGUACAUCUCCAAGUUCAUCAGCAUCGAGUCGCCGUACUGACG